AUGGUGAGGGCAUAUGAGAAGGCGAAUUCUUUGGAGGAUGCUUUGUACUGGGCGAAGCAGGCCGACGCGCGCCUCUCCGAGCAAGAUCCUGUUGCCUCCUACGCGCUAGGAAGUUUUGGUCUGAUCUAUGCGAAGAAGGAAGAGUGGACAGCAGCUUCGGAUGCCUUCCAGAAAGCCAUUCGGGCCAGAACCUCAGUUGGGGACGGGCAUUCCUGGCGAAGCGCUGCUCUUUAUGUCCAGCUGGGAGAAGCCUUACGAGAGCAGGGCCAGCCACAAGAAGCAGUGGAUCAAAUCCAGACAGCUCGCCGCUUGUACCGAGAAACCGAGAGUGACCCGCGGACCGUGGGCCGAUGUUCCGUGGAGCUUGGCGUUUGCUACUUCGACCUGUCGGACCUGGAUCUUGCCAGGGAGGCAGCAGAGGUGGCCCAGGAGUGGUUUGCCAAAAUCCAGCAGGAAACUGAAAAGUUGGACGCUUUGAAUUUGCAGCUCCUGCAGUUCUACUUGGAUGCGAAGACCUGCACAGGCGCUGCUGCACAAGAUAAGAAAGACCAUUUGUUGCGCUUUGCCCAGGAGCCUCCAUUGGACUCCGACUCGCCGGCGGACGUGCCAAUCACUGAGGCCGAGAGCUGUGGGGAGUUGCUGCACCUGCUGGCGGCAAAGCACCUCAAAGUGCAGUGCAGUGACGCCGACCUGGGCCCCGAGCAGGCUCCGGCGCUGGCGGCAGCUUUGCAGCAUGCGCCCAUCGAGGCGCUGAUUCUAUCCUCCAACGAGCUGGGGCCGGAAGGCAUAGAGAUCUUGGCGCCUGCGUUGGCCAGCUGCUCAAACUUGAGGCACCUGGACCUGAGCUGGAACCAGCUGGGCGUCUCGGGCGCCCAAGUUGCUGCGGGCGCUUUGCCGAAGCUUCGGCUGCGGCACCUGGAGCUCGGCUCCAACCAGCUGGAGGCGUCCGGUGCCAUUGCACUGGCGCAGGCUUUGGCCAAGGACACCUCCAUCUUAGACUUGGACCUCAGUUGGAAUUCCAUAGGCGAUGAGGGUGGGAUCGCCAUGGCCGGGAUGCUUCGGAAGAACAGGAGCUUGCGACGACUGAACCUGGCCAUCAACAACCUGACCUCUGCCACCGCCGAGGCCUUCCGAAAGCUACAAGGCCACCCUUCGCUGAAGGAGGUGGACCUGGCUGGCAAUGAAAUCUCUGAUGAGCAAAUGCCCAGCGUCUUGAUGCGGCGGGUGUGGAUCGAGGACGAGGAUGUGUCGGUGCGACUCGCCACCAUGGAGGCGUUGCACUGCGCUGGCAAGCGCGGUGUGCGCAAGGGCGACAAGGUACUUGCCAAGCUGGUCAAGACUGACCCGGACUCCCAGGCCGGAAAAGGAUGGUGCAGGGCAUGCUGGGCCGAUCUGGCCAGUGAUGCCAAAUAUGCCACAGGCUAUUGCAGCCACUGCUGGCGUGAUUGGAAUCAGGCCAAAGGAGAGCGCGACGACGACUGGGUGCUGAUUCCAGACGACACGAAGCGCUUCCAGAAUACGCAUCUGCCACUGGGACAGAUUUUGUUCUCCCAGUCGACCAUUGCGGACAACUUCCGCAACGGCACCAAGCUGAGCGAAACCAUUGAGAAGCUGCAAAACUGCAGGAAGUUCAUGUAUGACCUUCCGCGCAUCAGCGUUGUCAAGCAUGACGGGAGGAACGUCAGCAUGGACAACCGCAGGCUCUACUGUCUUCAAAUGGCUUUUGCAGACAACACGUUGGUGCCAGUGAAGCUGUUUGAAGAUGUGGAUGCCUACGGAGCGGAGGACUUCAGCAAGAAGGCCACCUCGAUUUGUGGAGGCCAGAUGGUGGAGGUGCGGAGCUCCUGGUUCGAGUCCUCCGUGGACCUGGAGAUCCCCCGCCACGGCAAGGUCUUCUUGGCCCAAAGCCAGGUCAACUCGGUGCUUAAGGCCACCGGCGCCAGCUACCGCAUCAGCAAAGAGUCCAUCUCCUUUUGGGGAAGCCAUCGCCAGGUGGAGGAGGCGGUGCGCCAGUACCAGCGAGUCUUGGGGACCUAUGCCUUUGAGGAGGUGGAGUUGUUGGACGCGCACCUCAAGGACUACCUGUGGGAGCAGGACUUUAAGAACCGAUACCCUUCGGUUGACCUGAGCAUUCGAAAUGAAGUGCUGGCCCAGCUGGGCGGUGAGAAGGAGCAGGUGAUUGCCAUGAAGUCCUGCAUCUUGGAGCUUGUCAAGGAGCAUGCGCGGAUUUGGGAGUCUGUGUCGCUGCCGGCGCACAGUGGUCCCUAUUUUCGUCAGGUGCUCACUGAAAGACAGGUGAAAUGUUCCGUUGACGAGCGGUCUGACUUGGUGCACUUCUGGGGCAACGCAUCUAGCCGGGAUGCCAUGAAGAAUGUGGUGGCCGAAUUGCAGGAACACGUCCGCACGAAGCAGCUGCAAGAAGAGGACGCCUGGCUUCGCAAGCUGAUCAUCGGCAGGCAGGGCGUCAACGUGAAGCAGCUCUGCUGUGACACGAAGGUGCACAUCAAGGUGGGGCCAGACAUGGACCCAUUCGUGCGGAUCACUGGUCCAAAGGAAGAGGUGGACCUUGUGGCGCAGAGGUUGAAGGCAUUCCUUCGCGAGAACCGGUGGAUUGACCGAGAGCUGGCGUCGGUUCCUGGGGCGCGGCGCUACCUCCUCAAGCGGCUCAAGGCGAUUCAGCUGGAGAGCGAGGCACGGGUGACGCUGUCACGAGAAGAGGAGAAGAUGCGGAUCCGAGGCAAUCAGCGGCAGGUGGACUACGCGGAGGAGAUGGUGGAGCGGGCGCUGGCGGAGUUCGGCUCGGUGGCCUUGCGAGUGAACCGACACCUGGUGUCGCAACUUCUGGGGCAGCAGGGCCAGCACAUCCAGGAGCUGAAGGCCGACCUGGAAGCAGAAGUCUGGGUGCCCAAAGACACUGACGCGAGCCAGAGCCACGCGACCUGCCAAGUAACAGGCCGGCGAGAGGAUUGCCAGGUCUUGGUGGGCAAGAUCUGGCACUACUUGCGCCAAUACGAUGUGGUGAUCGUUCCGAUGGAGCCAAAGAUGGCAGGCCUCGUCAUAGGAAGAGGUGGUUGCAAUAUCAAAGAUCUCAAGGCUGGCCUUCAAAUCCACGAGGACACGCGCAAGAACCCUUGGGUCAUCACAGGGCCCACGGGUGAUGUGAACCGAUUCGUGCAGCGCCUCCAGCUGCGUUUCAGUGUUGGAUCUCUUGGCGGCUUGCAGCCGGUGUCUCUUUGCUGUCCCGGCUGCGACGCUGACUUCCCCACCGAGGGGCUUCUGGUUCAACACGUGGAGGACGGAAGAUGCGCAGCUCGAAUGUGCGCAGGCGCUUGCGGUGGCUACUUCCCCGACCAAAGCAGCUGUGAGAAGCACGAGAAGUUUUGCAGCUCGGUGAAGCGGUGUCCCGGAUGCCAGCGAGGCUUUGCAAGUGACAAGGCCGUUAAGGUGCACGUCCUGGCUACGGGGUGCCAAGCCUGCUGCUGUGAGGGGUGUUCAACGAUCUUUCAUGACAGUAGUGCGCUACAAGAACAUCAGACCACUUGCGAGUUGCACCAAGAAUGGUUGCGAGACCAGGAGGUGCGACGAGAAAUUCAAGACUUCAAGCGAAGCCUUUGCGAUCCUUGCCGAAUGGGUGAGCAGAAGGGCUCGGAUUGCUCCAAGUGCAAGGCGAGCCUCCGAAAAGCACAGCUACGCUGGCAUCCGGACAAGAAUCCGGAGAACCCCAUCGUGUCCACCAUCAUUUUCAGGUCUGUUCAGGCAGUCUGGAAUGGCGAGCCAGGGCUGAAGGCGGAUGAGUCAAACAGAAAGGAGGACUCAGAGGAGCGCUCCGAAAACCCGGCGCGCGGGUACCCUCGACAACAGCAGAAAGCCAACCGAGAGGAGAACUUCUGGGAGUUCCGGGAGAGAGCUGAGAAGUGCACAGUCCAGUGA